UGUGUUUGUGGGUGUGUGUGUGUGUGUAUGCGUGUAUUUGCGUAUGUGUGCGUGUGUGCGCGUGUGUGUAUGUUUGUGUGUGUGUAUGUGCAGGAGAAUACUGCUGUGAGAUAGGGAAAGGGAUUGGGACAGACACCUCUCCUCCUAAACGUCUUGAUGAGCAGUAUCCUCCUAAGAGCACCUCAGUAUCAGUGAGCCCCUCUGGUGAAAUAGUGGAGGGCAGUUCAGUGACUCUGACCUGCAGCAGUGAUGCCAACCCACCAGCGCAGAGAUACACCUGGUAUAAGAAUAAUAGUGCUGUAUCCUCAGAGACAGGAGGACCAGAGGACAGUUACACCAUUAAAAACAUCACACUGCAGGAUGCAGGAGAAUACUACUGUGCGGCAGGGAAUGGGAUUGGGACAAAAAGAUCUCCUCCUAAUCGUCUUGAUGUGAAGUAUCCUCCGAAGAGCGUCUCAGUAUCAGUGAGCCCCUCUGGUGAAAUAGAGGAGGGCAGUUCAGUGACUCUGACCUGCAGCAGCGAUGCCAACCCACCAGUGAAGAGAUACACCUGGUAUCAGAAUAAUAGAACUGUCUCCUCAGAGACAGGAGGACCAGUGGACAGUUACACCAUUAAAAACAUCACACUGCAGGAUGCAGGAGAAUACUACUGUGAGGCAGGGAAUGGGAUUGGGACAAACAGAUCUCCUCCUAAACGUCUUGAUGUGCAGUCUGCUCUACAGGUCACAGUGCAAGGAGGUCAGUCACUGAUCGCGGCUGCAGCUGUGGGAGUCGCUGAAAUUUUGGCUCUUGUGUUUCUGUGUGUGUGCCUGAGGAGGAGAAAAUCAACAAAUGAGACAGAAGGGGACAGGCAGGUGAGUUAA